UAAAUACGUGCAACCAACUUAACUUAAAUAAAAUACAAAAGUUUAUCUAAAUUAAGACUAAAUUCAUCUAAAAAAUUUUAAUUUUAUUUGCUUUAAUUAAAAAUGAGUUCUUCACGUUCAGAGGUACUAAAAAUUUUCAAAAUGUUACAUCGCACUAGACAACAAGUAUUCGAUGGAGAUUUAAGAGCUUUAAAUGCUGGACGUGAUAAAAUUAAUUUAGAAUUUAAGCAAAAGAAACAUGUGUCUAAUGAAGAAUCCAUAAACGAGUUGUUAAAAUUAGCCAAAGAUGUGAAUAAAGAAUUAAGAGAAUCAGUUAUUCAAGCACGGGAAGUUAAACCAAAUGUUUAUGCUGUAAAAAUAACUGAAGAAACUUAUAAGUUUGAGAAUUCCCCAUUUCAAGAUAUUCCAGAGGAUCAAUUACCAAAACGAAGAACCAAAAAAUGUAAAAAAUAAAUGUUAGUUUUAUUGAAU